CUCAACCGACCACCAAUGGCGAAACCCUAAAUCUCCCUCCCUCUCUCUCUCUCUCUCUCUCUCUCUCUCUCAAUCUAGGGUUUCUUCUCUUUCCCGAAACCCUAGCGCCUCUCGGGAUUUCAAAACCUAGGGUUUCUAAAAAUCGCCAAGUUCUUGCAAUCUAAGGUUUCGUUUCGUCGAAGAGCUAGUUAGCUAGGGUUUUCUGAGAGGCAUGGCGGAGCACCUAGCGUCGAUCUUCGGUACGGAGAAGGACCGUGUGAAUUGCCCUUUCUACUUCAAGAUCGGUGCUUGCAGGCACGGGGACCGCUGCUCCCGCCUCCACAAUCGGCCCACCAUCAGCCCCACCAUUCUUCUGUCCAACAUGUACCAACGGCCAGAUAUGAUCACGCCGGGCCUCGAUCCUCAGGGCCAGGCCAUCGAUCCCCGCAAGAUCCAGGAGCAUUUCGAGGACUUCUAUGAGGACAUCUUCGAGGAGCUCUCCAAGUUCGGCGAGAUUGAGAGCCUCAACAUCUGCGACAACCUCGCUGAUCACAUGGUCGGCAACGUUUACGUCCAGUUCAAGGAGGAGGACCAGGCCGCCGCCGCUGUCCAGGCCCUCCAGGGCCGCUUCUACUCCGGCCGCCCCAUUAUUGUCGAUUUCUCCCCCGUCACUGACUUCCGCGAGGCCACGUGCCGCCAGUUCGAGGAGAACAGCUGCAACCGUGGCGGGUACUGCAACUUCAUGCACGUAAAGCAGAUUGGCCGGGAGCUGAGGAGGAAGCUCUUCGGGAGGUACCGGAGGUCGAGGGGGAGCAGGAGCCGGAGCCGGAGCUCGAGCCCGCAGCAUCACCGGAGGGACUCGGAUCGGCGGGGUGGGGAUUUCCGGGAUCGUGGCGGGGAUUACCGUGGGAAUGGGAGGAGGGGCGGGGGCCGGCAUGGGAGACAUGAGGGCGAUGGUGGGAGACGGAGGCAUGGGAGCCCGAGGCGGGCCAGGAGUCCCAUUAGAGAAGGGAGUGAAGAACGAAGGGCUAGAAUUGAACAGUGGAAUAGGGAAAAAGAGCAAAAUCAAUGAUGGGCAUGGGUUUCUUUUGGUUCUUUUGUUGGGAGUUUGUGUUUACAAAGGACUCGUUGCGGAUUGUAGCUGGUUUCGGUAUUGUUCUGCUCAUCCCUGUCGCCCAUCCUUUUGUUUAGUGUCCAUUUGCUCAUCAAAUAUGGAGCGCAUUUUAAAGGAGUGUUCACAUUUCCUGGGCUAUGCCGGGGUUAGUUGGUGGUCUUCUUUUGGCUUGGCAUGAUGUAGGAAUUAAGAAGCAGGAUAGGGAUAUUUGGAGCCUUAGUCUUCCAGCGUGCCUUUGGGCGAUAUGCGAGGAAAGAAACAGGUGGUGUUUCUGAAAUGCUAGUAGCAAUGUAGAGCGGGUGUGACCAAGGGCAAUGAACUUUGUAAUUGAAUGGGCCUCUAGUAUUGAAGGACUUAAAGAUUGUUCUUUUCCAUUCUAGUUUGUUAUUAGCUUGCGCCAUCUCAGUGCUCCUCUUAAUAAAAUCUUUGUUACCUUAAAAAAAGGAUUAUUUUAUCAAGUAUAGAAGUUUUCCUGUCACUCACAGUUCAUUGAUCUGAAGAAAACAAAACAUUCUUAGCC